CUCCCCGCGCCGCCCGCAGUGGGGCCGCGGCGGAGCAUGCCAAGGGGCGGGCUCGGCGCUCUCCCCUCCUUCCGGCCGUCCGGCCAGGCCCCGCACACCCCACACUCGCACCCGCACGCCGGCACUCUCUCUCUCGGCGCUUCUCACGUCUGUCAGCGCAGCCGCGCGAGGGUCCUCGGCCAGCACGUCAGACGCUGCGCCGGCGGAUGGAGAGGCAGGCUUCGACGAGCAACGGCCGCCCGCACCCCCAUCGCAGCCCCUGAGGCGCCGAGGCCGCUCCUAGACGCCGCAGCUGCACCGGCUGCGGGCGCAGAUUGCGGGCGCCGCGAAUGGGCCGCGCCCGCUGCACCGCACAGCUCGACGGCGAGCCGCUCCGCCCUUCGUGCUCUCUGCGGGGAGCGUGCACGCCUGCUGCAGCCGGGCCGCUCCCAACCGUCCCGCGACGCCGGCGAUUCAGCUUGCCUUGCUCUCUCCUCGCACUUCUCGCAGAUCAGCGCAUCAUGCACGGCAUGGCAUUCUCGCUGCCCAAAGUGGCAAUGUGACGUGGGCGAGGCCAGCGACGUGCCCUCUCUCCUCCCUCUCGAGGAUGCCUCCGUGCCUCAACCCCGCUCGCACAGACGAGAUUGCCGCGCCGACCCCGCAAGCGGAGCAUGGCACGGGGCGUGGCGCGUGUGUGUGUUGGAAACUUGGAAGCGCGCGCGCGUGCCUGGCUUUGCAGCCGAGCUGCUGCCGCCGCGCCGCCCGCUCCCGCUCCCUCGGACGAUGCCGCCGCGCCCAUCGCCUGCGCCACAGCCGCCCGCCUCCGUGCCGCGCCGGCGUUCAUGCUGCCUCCGCCGAGAUCACGCGCCGGCCGCCGCUUACGUUGCGCGUCCGGCGAGGGUGUGUCGAUCUCGCGCGCCGCACCGCAAGCGCCAGCUCGCCGCAAUCUCGAUCAGACUGCUGCCGAGCCGUCAGCGGCCCGCGAGGCCCACGGGUCGCGGAGCCUGCUGCCGUUUUGGUAUUGCCUGCGAGCGGCCCUCAUCGCGAGGAGAGGAGCUGCGCCGAGAGCUCACAUCACAGCCGCAGCGGCAGCCGCACUCGUCUCCGCUCUUGGAGAACGCCGCACCUUGAGCGUGAAAUGUGACUCAGCACCGGCACGCCCCUUGGGCAGCGAGCGGCAGCAAGACGGCUUGCGUUGGCCGGUGCCGGCCGCGGCAGGCCUGCCAAGGUCGCACGCCUCUCCGCAACCCCGCGUCCUGCCGGGGUCUAAGAGUUUGCCCUCAUCUGUGCCUGUGACGGUGCGGCCCCUCGUGAGCCGCCGGGCUGAGUCAUCCGGGGGAGCGCUGCUCAGGGGCGUUGCGGAUGGCGCGAUUUCUCGCCUCGCUCGU